GCAAAAAGUUGGAAAUGGCCACGUUGGUUCAUAGAUUAACAGCGGUCCUACGCCGGACCCGUCAGAUCCGUUUCGUGACUUCGUCUUGUCCCGCGUUUGCGUGUCUGUCUCCGCUUGCUUGGCGCGUUCUCUGUCCAUACCGUAUACGGAGUAUGUACUAAAAAAUCUUUUCCCGUAUUUAUACUGUAUGUACGGAAUAUAAUACUCCGUAAUUCAGAUUAUAUACCGACAUAGAAGUACAUCCUCAGUAUGUUCGUACAGCUGGUAGUGAGAGAAAGCUGCGAAGACUAACCAUGGAAACGCAGCGCUCGAAUUUCAAAGAGCUUAGUGUUCCUUCUCCGACCACAUCAAAAAGCCCCUCAUCUUCUUCCUCUAAGACUAAGAGGAAGAUGCCAUUGCAGAGUAAGAGGAAGCUUGUUUCUAAGAAGCCUGAAAAGUUCAAAUCUGAGGCUAAACAAGUAAAAUCUAAUAAUCCCAGAAAGCCAAAGAGCGUCAAACGAAAAAGGGCGACUACUGGUGAUGUCUAUGAUGAUGAUGUAGAAGCUAAGUUCUCUGUUUUGGAGCGGGCAGAGAGGGUGAUGUCUAGACUUUCUGAUGAAUUUCCUAUAUUUCUAAAAUGCAUGCUCCCCUCAAAUGUUGCUCAUGGAUUUUGGCUGCAUCUUCCGAAGGCAUUCACAGACAUAUAUUUACCAAGUCAUGACGCCAAUAUUACAUUGGUUGAUGAAUGGGGAAAUGAGUACAAGACCUCUUAUCUAAUGGAAAGGCAUGGACUAAGCGCUGGUUGGAGAGCCUUCUCAAUUUCUCAUAGAUUGCUCAAAGGAGAUCUCUUGAUCUUUUGCUUGAUUGAGCCAUGCAAACUUAAGGUAGAUAUAGUAAGGGUAAAUGGCCCCGAUGUUGUAGAUGCAGCUCUUUGCCUCUUGAACUUGGAUGGUUGUGAGAAAAUAGCCGAUCAAGACCAUUCACGGAAAGAUAAACGUAAAAAGACAAUGAAAUUCAUAGAGCCAUAUAUCCACG